GAGCGACACGGAACGAACAGUAAACUCAUCCGGAAAUAAUUUCUGGUGGGACUAGCGGAAGGGGAAGUGCGUCAAAUGUGUUACAGGCGAAGUUAUGUAGCAACAACGUUUUUGAGUUGCUUUUGUGUUUACGCGCCGAUGUAAAGUUUCUUUCUUUAACAACAAAAGGGAGAACAAAAGUGAAUAGUUUGAAGGAUGGCAAAAGAGAAGCGGCACAGGAAGAGGGACUGUUCACCGGAGAGAGAGUCCAGAGUGAAGAUAAAAGAGGAGAAAGCCAGUCCGGUUAGGCCGCAGACAUCAGGCCGCUCACGGUCCAGUUCACACGACAAACCGAGUCCACAGAGGAGGAAAACAAGCAGGUACCAUGAUAGAAAGCUGUCAGAUCACUACGAUGCUCUUCAUCAACACUUGUUUUUAACCCUUUCAGAUACCAUAGUUGUUGUUUUUUUCUUGACCGCUUUAAACGCUGAAUUCAGACCCCCGCUCGUUUUAUUUGUGUCAAAAAUCGGCUGUUUUUCAAUGUUUUUAAUAGAAACAUUUUUUUUUCUAUGUGUAGGUCACCCGUUAGGAGGAAGGAUCGCUCCCCGGGCAGAAGACCAACAUCUCCACCGAGGGGAGGAAGCAGAUCACCCAGAACCAGGAGGAGCCGCAGUCCUCCACGGGGAGCUGAGGCCAGAGUCAAACGGGUGAUUAGGUUUCAUUUUAUGUAGAAGAAUGGGGUUAAAGAGAUAUUCCGGCGUUAAAAUAAUUCAGGGUCAAACACAUCGUAACACCGAGGUUAGACACCCCGUCGAGAGAUGAAUGCUGCAGACCGCUUGCUUCUGUAGUUAUACCAACUUUAGUAACGACCGCAUAAUAGCAAUACACAGCGGUCUGAGGAGCCAUACACAAACCUCAACCAAAACGCCACUCUAUAGCCACAAAUAAUGCUCAGAACAGCACCUAACUUCAUCAACAGUACAUAUAUAGGGUCCCAGUCAUAGCAUUAGACAUCAUAUAUCUUUUUAACUUUGCAUGAUUUCUUUAGCAAAGAGACUAAACACAACUCACCUACUCUCUUCCAGCAGCCGCUUGUUUGUGCUAAAGAAAUUAGGCAAAGCUAAGAAGAUGUUUGGUGGCUAGUACUAUGGCUAGGAACCUAUAUGUACUGUUGAUGAAGUUAGGUGCUGUUCUGAUCAUUAUUUGUGGCUAUAGAGUGGCGUUUUGGUUGAGGUUUGUUUAUGGCUCCUCAGACCGCUGUGUAUUGCUAUCCUGCGGUUGUUACUAAAGUUGGUGUAACUAGAGAAGCAAGCGGUCUUUAACAUUCAUCUCUUAAGGGGUUGUCUAGCUCGGUGUUACGGUGUGUUUGUAAAUUAACUUUAUGCCGGAAUACCCCUAAACAGUGAGUGCUGGGAUCUGAUAAUUCAGCCCUAUACAGAGUCUAGGUGACCUUCAUCCUCACUGGUUUGGUAAUUCAUGUUCUCAAGUGUCUGAGUCCACUAUUAGAACCAUCCAAUCUCCCCGUACCAUCUGUAAGGAUCACUUUGAGCCUGUUUUGAACAAACAGAAUAGAGUCCUUGGACUGUGUUGAUAGCAUUUAGUGGGAGGAUACAAUCUAAUGCUUGUGCUUUCAGUUUUCAAAGCAGUACAGAUGCAGCUAAAAAAUGAAUGUCCUUAACAAGUUGAAUUUUCUUUAAAUUAAUUCAAAUAGUGAAACUAAUGAACAAACUUGAUUUAUCACAUUAAAAAUGUAAAAUAUAUGUUAAGACUGUAUUCAACAUUGCUUGAAUUUUGAUGAUCGUGGCUUACAGCUCAUGAAAAUAAAAAAUUCACUAUCCCAGAACUUUGAGAUAUGGUGAGAAAGUCCAGUUUCUUGUCAGUUACUUCAGUCCUGAAAAGUUUUCUCAUUGGCUCAUUGACUGAACACCUGUAAAGGUGUGUGUGAUGAUCAAGAAUAUGUGGAGUUUCACUUUUUGAAUUAAAUUCUGAGGAAAAUCAGUUUUUUGGUUCAUUGGGAUUUUAUUCGAGCCUCACCUGUAUGUGGUUAUUUUUGACCCAGUUUCUCCCUCUUGAGGAAGACACCUUUGAGUGUACUAAUAAUGAUAAAAAUAAUGAUGAAAUUGAAAAUCUUUAUUUUGAUUUAAUAGAUUUUUGUGAUCGUAACUUACAAAGACUUCCAACAGUCAGAGGGGAGACCUGGGUAUUAAGAACAUUUUAUCACAAGCAGAAAAGUAUUAAACAAGAGCUCGACAAAUAAAAAAGAGUCUGAUUUAACUUUAGUAAGAGGAAAAUAAACAAUCAGACUGAAAAUAUCAGAUACUUCUAUGUGAAAUUAACCUUUUCUGUGCUGGAUAUCUGUUAGGAGCGAGAGGAGCCUCGAGGAAGUGGUGAUGAGCGGAGGAGAAGAAACAACCAGCCAGAGGAGAGACGGAGCAGAUGGGAAUCAGACAGACCGCAGGACCGAGAUCGCAGCAGAGAUCGACACAGAGAACGGGACGCACUUGCCUCUCAACAAGCAGAGAGACAGCAGCACGAUGAGCGCCGCAGGGAAAACCGUCAGCGCCGCGAAGAAAACCAAGAGCAGGAUUUCGGUAGGGCGGAAGAAGAAGAUGACGCAACAGACGCCGCUCCUGCUGAGAAAGAGAAGCCCAACUUUGGACUGUCGGGGGCGCUAACAGAAGAUACAAACACAUUCCGGGGAGUUGUGAUCAAGUACAAUGAGCCACCUGAGGCUCGUAUUCCCAAACGCAGGUGGCGACUGUACCCUUUCAAAAACGACGAACCCCUCCCAGUCAUGUACAUCCACAGACAGAGUGCCUAUUUGUUGGGGCGGCAGAGAAAGAUCGCUGACAUCCCUAUUGACCACCCAUCCUGCUCCAAGCAGCAUGCAGUUUUCCAGUACAGGUAAGACAGACAUUCAUCAAUAUAAUGUUCAAUCCAUUAUUUGUGACAUCAAACUAGGAUCAGUUUCAACAAAUGACCGUUUCUGUCUGUUUUUGCAGACUGGUGGAGUUUACACGAGCAGAUGGCACCUCUGGCCGCAGAGUCCGACCUUACAUCAUUGACCUAGGCUCCGGUAACGGCACCUACCUGAACAACCAGCGCAUCGAAGCCCAGCGUUACUACGAGCUCAAAGAAAAGGACGUCCUCAAGUUCGGCUUCAGCAGCCGCGAGUACGUCCUCCUGCACGAGUUCUCCGAUACAACUGAAGUGGACGCAAAACAAGAAGAGGAAGAAGACGACGAGGGCCUGGAUGAGUAAUCGGUCCUCAAAAACUGUUUUUUUAUCCCCCCUGAGAUCAGUCAACUCAAAUAACCUCACAUCAAAGUUGAUUCAACUGUCGUCUCUGCAGGGAACAGAACAAUCCAUCGAUGAUAAGAGGGACUUGAUUACAGCAAUGAAACACGGCCGGUUUGUAUUUUAUGAAAUUUCCAAACUGUUGCUCAAACCUGCCACAACUGUCUCUAAGAAGACUUCCUAUUCUCAGGUUGUUUGUGUAAUGUCUGAGUGAUGCACCACAGAUCUCUCAUUAGUAGUGCUCACGUUAUUAAGUGCUUGGUGCCAGAUGGAGAUACCCCACCAAGUCAAAUAGUCUCUAUUUUUGGAUUACAAAGUUUAGCUGAGGACUCCUCCUGCAUCUCUGUCUAUGGGCUAUAUAUGUCAUUGUACAUGCUACAUGGAAUGUGAAUACUGAUUCAUGUUUGUAAGCGUUGAUUAUUUUUCAGAGUCAAAUAUUACUGACAUACAACUUGUGAUGACAUUGCCUUUUUUUUGCUUUGUAGUGCAGGGAAAAAGUUGAUGCUAUUGUGUGUUCAAGGACUGCCCCCUUUUAUUUUUGAAGCCCGCAGCAUUUAUAGUCAACUUUGAUUUAUGUACUGUAAAUAAAGACAGUGAAAGUUUGCAGUCUCAAGAGUCUUUUUGAAGAG